AUGGAAGUCAGUUCAGAAAAGCUGAGAAUCCUGAUGGACAAGAAGAAACAAGAAGAGGAACACCAUGAGACUCGCAGUGCACGGGCUCUUCAGGAAAACCACCUGAACCUUCUUCUCUGCAAACAGCAAGAGAUCGAGGCAAAGAACAAACAAAAUAUGAUGAAGCUCCGUCAGCAGAACUCCACACUGCAGCAGCAGAUCGUCUCUCUGACAGAAUAUGUGGAACAUCUACAGGGCACUGGCACCCUCAAAGAGAAACAACUUCAGGAGGAGAACAAGCAGCUGAGCAGAGAACUUCACGCUCAGAAAGAGUUGGUCAAUAAACAUGAGACCACAGAGGAGCUCCUGGCCCAGGUCCACAGGGAAAAUCAGUCACUGCGGCAGCAGCUGGAGGAGCUCCACAGACAAAGAGACGCUGAGCAGAAGAACAUGGUCCACACGCAGCAACACUGCGCUGAUAUGAUGUCCAAGCUGCACGCUGACUGUGACCAGAAGGUCCAGCUGGUGGAGGAGAGGAACAAGGAGCUGCUGCUGAGUCAGGUUCAAGACCUCCAAGACCAAGUCUGCACUUUAGAAAAAAAACUGGAGAGAGAUGGAAAUCUGAGGCUGCUGCAGCAGGACCUGUCCCAAACCCUGAAGGAGCUGUCCGAGAAGGAACGCUCUCUGGAGUUAAAGACCCAGCAAUGCACCGACCUGGAGAAUGAGAAGACUCGUGUCCUCAGGAAAGUGGACAGACUCAAAGACAUGCUGGUAAAGAUGGAAGACCAGCGUGUGAAGAUGGAAAGACGCUGUAAAUCUCUGGAGAGCAGCUUUGAGGAGAAGGAAAAGGAAUGUGCCGCUGCAACACAGAGACUCCAGGAGACCCUUUCUACUUCAGCUGCUUCUGCUGCCACCAUCAAAGAUCUGAAGGAGGCUGUGCAAACACUGCAGAUCCAAAAUGUACAACUAAAGAAAGAAAAACCGCAGUCCUUCAAAACGGAGACUCUGGAAAGAGACGCUCAUGAGGCUGAGAAGGUCAGAGCUCAUUUACAGGAGCAGAGAAGAGUUUCACCCACUGCCCAGGAGCAGCAGGCUCUAGGGGAGCAGGAGGUGAAGAGCAGCUCCAGGUCAGGACUGCAGGAGUCAGAGCUGGAGAAGCAGAAGGCGGCUGUGGACGCUCGUCUGGAACAAGAGAUGAGCAAAACCUCAGAGCUUCAGACAGAAGUGUGCAGGCUGCGCACUUUAGUGAAAAAGGCCAAGAAGAAGAUCCAACACAACGACAGAAGAGGAGAGAAGAUGAAGGAUCUGGAGGUGCAGCUGGACAGAGAGACUCAGCGGCACCAACAGCUGAAGAAGGACAACAGUGACCUGCACGAGAAGCUGACGUCUCUGGAACACUCACUCCAGAAGAGCCAGAGGACGGAGGAGGAAGUGCAGGAUCUCAGAAGACGAAUGGAGGAGGCACAGAGAGAGAGAGCAGGCUGGUCGAGGAGAGAGCCAAGGACAAGAUGA